AUGUUCCUCGCCUUCGAGCUUCAAAUAUCCAGAGUAUACGUCUCGCCGCAUCUGCAGGGCUUCCUCGAGCCGUCCGAGCGAUUGAUACGUGCACGCAAGAUUGCCCUGCGCGGUGAGUAGGUUGCGUGGCACGCGCAGCCACGAAUACACUAGGGCAUUAUGAUGUAAAAACAAUUUAAGCUGCAAGUCCAAUUGAACGCCGAGGAAGAGUCGUGCUCACGCUUGUGGACAGGUCGGCAGAGCCCUCGAGGCGUUGCUCGAGUUCGACCGGCGGCCCGCCGCGUCGCGUCCCAUUUUGCACGCUGUGAGAUUGACGCGUACACGCGGCGCCGGUGCGAGGCCGCGGAGGAAUCGAGGAGGGAGCUCGAGGCCCGCCUCGCGGACUUCACUGUGAAUGGGCGCGGCGGCGAGGAGCUCCAGCGGUGCAAGAAGGAGCGCAAGGUGCUGAUCCGGGCCGUCCGGGAGCUCAGGCGAAGGGUCCGGAAGCUGCGCGAGGCGGACCGCAAGGCCGACGCCGUGUCGGCCUACUGGGGGUCGGGCCAGGAGCCCGUCGUCCCCUCCACGCAACGCGCCGACGACGACUGGAUCGAGGUCUACCUAAAGGAGCUCCACGUGUCCGACGACGAGGACGAGGCGCCGCCUGCACCACCGCCUUCACUACCGCGGGACGGGGACGCCUUCGACGCCGCGGCGGCGGCGGCGCGGGGCACGGCGGCGGCGGCGGCGCGCUUCGUGCGCGCGCGGCUGCCGGCGCCCUCGCCUCCCGGGUCGCGGGAGCCGCGGGUCGAGGCCAUUUAAGUUAGGGUGUUGUUUGUUGUUUACUUCUCGUAUGUAGUUCGCGAGAGUGGUCUGCAGGGAGAUGUCCGGUGCGCCAAAGCGCGCCGCGGCAUAGAACACUGAGCCUCUUGCACGGACGACGCGUCCUCGUAAUGGUCUCGUCGCCGCCAGAAGGCGGGAUCCCGCCCGGCGCUGUUUCGAGGAGUAGUAGCUGCUGCGGGGAGUGAAUAGUCUGUCUGUGAGGAACCACUGAGGAUGAACGCGGCCUCGCUCGUCGCGCCGGA